CAAGAAGCGGUACGAUACUCGCACUUACUCGUUAGUCGCAAUGGUCGCAAUUGAAAGCAAUCACAAUUGAAAGGACGAGUCGACGAGUGAUCGAGAGUGUGUAGUGUCGAGUUGAUCCAGAUCACUUUUAUUAUAAAAAUCGAUUGAAAACGAAUUAAACUUACAUUCUCGAAAUUAAUAAAUAAUAAAUAAAUAGAUAAUGGCUGAUGAAGAUUUCGACGGAGAUGAGGUCGCGGAUGAUUUCGAUGAUGUGGACGACGAGGACAACAUCGAAUUAGAACCUCAAGAAGAUGAUGGUGAAAACAUUGAAUUAUUGAAUGCCAACGAAGCUACUGGUGGUGUUCAAAGGUCAAAAAGAAUAACGACAAGAUAUAUGACUAAAUAUGAAAGGGCAAGAGUUCUAGGCACAAGAGCAUUACAGAUAGCAAUGUGUGCUCCCGUGAUGGUAGAAUUAGAAGGAGAGACAGAUCCAUUGCAAAUUGCUAUGAAGGAAUUAAAGCAGCGAAAAAUUCCUAUAAUUAUACGUCGCUAUCUGCCUGACAAUAGCUAUGAAGAUUGGGGCAUUGAUGAGCUAAUUAUAAUAGAUCAUUAAUUUCGAGUUUAAUGUGAGACUUUGAAUCAUAUUACUUAUAUUUAUUAUUGAUUCAAUAAAUAAUGUCUUGUAUAGAAA